CCCCCGACCAGCCUCUGACCCACAUACCGAAGGAUAGAAGUACUGCUGCUCCACAAUCAUUCACUCUCAGAUUUUCCAUGGACUCAUCUAGACAACUGAGGAAAGAUUCACCAUUUUGUUGCUGAGGAAAAUCUUCAGAGUCACUGAGAGUGAAACUUUUUACAUAGACUCUGGGUCACAAUCUAAGCAGUGGAUUUUCAUUAGUGUGACUCAGGGCAGAUAUGUUUCUUCUCAGCUCUCUCUGAUAAGAGCUGUUUGCUGCGUAUGUUGACUGACUGUGACUGUGUUGCCUACUUCCUGGUGGCCUUACACUUCAGAUCCUUACAGGACGAUGGAUAAUACCUACAUAUCAAAACAAAAGGGAGGACACUCAAAUCUCACUGGACUUUUAUUGCUGCUGUAUCUGGCAGGCCUUCAGCCAGUGCUGUCCACAGAUAGAGAGCAGCCUGAACUAGAUGACGAUGAUAAUGAAGCACUGAACUUAUCAAUUGUCGGUCCGGACUACGUGACUGUGGGUGUGCCCAGCAACGUUGAGUGUACUGCCAAGUGCCCUGAGUGUACCUUUUCCAUGUCUUUGGAUGGACAGAGUGCCCAGGGUCAGGGCAAUGCACUAGCCUUCACUGUAAAUAGUUGGGCAGAGGCUUUAACAGUGACAUGUACAGCCACAAAUGAAGACAAUGGAGUGACCGAAACAACAACAAAGCAGCUGCGGGUGUUAGUUGGACCUGCCAACAUUUCCAUCACAGGUCCUGAUAUGAUGAAUCCAAGAGUGAGUCACACCUACAGCUGCCACGCCCACUGUCAGCCAUCUUGUACCUACACCUGGAAGACAGAUAAUGGCCCGUGGGUUGGUGGUCGAGUGAAUGUGAUUUCUGUCACUCCUCAGGAGAUGGAAAACUCCAAACUCAUCAUCUGCAAAGCCACCAAUAGUGUGUCUGGGAUGUUUAUCACAGCUACUCGAAACAUAGGUGUAAUAUCUGGUCCGUCUGAGGUCCAUAUCGAAGGCCCCAACAUUGUAGAACUUGCAGAAAAGAAUAACUUUGUGUGUACCGCUAAAUGUCUGCCACCUUGUCGCUACGUGUCGUCUGUGGACGGUCAGACGCUGAGGGGCAAUGUGAUUGAGAUGAUGGUGGAUCAGCCACUUAAAUCUGUCACACUCAAGUGUGAGGCACAAAACACUGCUUCAAGGAAGACCGUCACAGUAUUAAAAACCGUACAAAUCAAAGGAUCAGAUCACAACCUGUCCACUCGUCCUGAAGAGACUUCAGCAGCACUGCUGUUGACCUUCAUCAUUUCUGCUGCCUUUACAUGGUGAUCCAGUUCAGACAGAUCGUAAAGUUCUGUGAAUGAAUCUGUGACAAAGAGAGGCAGCUGAAUUGCGGGGAAUAAAUGACUCAUACACAAUCUCACUCUGCUCAUUAUUCUUGUACUUUUGUCUCAUGUUGACAGUGGGCUGAACCCUGUUUGCACUUUGCAGUAAGUGACAUGGAGAGGUACUUAAAUAUCAAAGUGUGGAGAGAGCGAGCACAUUCAAUGUCAGAAUUAGUUGAUUUGUAAGAUUCUUCUACACAGACACUGUUGAAAUGUUGAAAAUGUCUAUACAUAAAUAAAAUGCACUGAUGACGUCCACAACAA